AUGGGGUUCUUUUCUUUCCGUCUACGAGACGGUACCCCAAAGCUGAUGACUCCCCCUAAGGGGAUGACGAUGUGGAAGAAGAAGUUCUUCUAUAUCAAGUCUACUGCCCUUGCUGUGGCUAUGACGUUUCGGAAUGUGACCGAGACGAUCAUAACAGAGACCAUUGCGAUGCCCAGUUUGAAAUCAGUGCAAUGGUUCCCGCAACUGCAGACUAUUGAGUCUGUGAAGUUGACCAACACGCAACUAUGGCUGUUGCGUAUGAUGUUGAGGAGGGGCAAGAACUCGAAACCCGUGGUGCGGGAAAAGAGCGGUGAAGAUGCUCCCGCAUGGAGGAUGUUUGCUCCGGAUUUCGAGGGUACGGUUGAGACCGUAGUUUGUGCGGAUGGUGAACAGGAUCACAACACUAUCAUCCGUAGUAACUUCCGGGUGCCUACUGCGGCUGCACUGGCAGUUGAGUUGCCAGUAGGCAAAGGUGAUCUUGGGGCCUUGGGGGACCCUGAAGCGAAAGGAGUGCCUAAGAGGCAAACUGUGAAGGGCGUGCGCUUUCGCCAAAAGAAGAUAAAGGAGGUCACUACUGUGCCUCAUCUGGUGCCGCAGGCAGCAGCCGCGGAGUCACGUUCUGGUGCUGCGAAGAAGCAGGCAGAAGAGGCGGCUGCGGGAGGGACAGCUGCGGGCCCCCCUGUGAUUGGUGAGAAGAGGAGGCCAGAGCAGAAAGCUGCUGGUGGUGUUGAAACCAAACGUCGGAGACUAGUAACCAAAAGGUCUGCUCCGGCGCAGAAAAAACCUGCGGUUGUCGUUGAGCGUCAAGAUGAAGAUUUUUCUAUCUUCGAUGCUCCGGAGUCCCCUCCGCGUGCCAUGGAUGCGGGUGGAGCGGAGGUGCCAUCGACACCUCCAGUCAAGGUGGUACCCGAGUCAACCGUGCAGAAGGAGGGUACCGCAGAGAAUGCUGCGGCCCAGAUAUUUGAUACUGUCGACUCGUCUAACAACCUGAUCUCUCCCAAUGAGGGGGACGAUUUGAGUUUGCGGUUCACUGCUACUGGGAAGCAACAUUCUGACGCUGAACCGCAAAAAACUGGCGCUGAAGCGCGGCAGCAUGAUGCUGGGCCGCAGAAGUCUUCGGUUGAUAAGGGUACUAGCUCGUCUGCUGGUGGUGCGGGGGGGAUGAUAUUGCUAACGACCCUGCGGCCUGCAGGGAGAUCUUGGGCGGUCUGGGGACCCCCUUUGAAGUUGAGCGGGCUCGUGCCGUACCGCGGGAGCUGCGUAUAA